GACGUCUUUGUGGACGCCACCAACUGCGCAUGCGCACAUGUACACAAACACCGACAGCCGAGGAACAGAUAUCAGAGAAAAACAAUGUGUUACCGAGCGCUCAGUGGCUUCAGUUUAACCUCAGUGUGACGGCUCCGUGAGUGAUCAGAGGAUGGACAGCAGCGGCGUGUCAGCCUCGGAUGGGACAGGAGAGUGUUCCAUGGGGCCUGAGGACAUGGAGGGGAUCUGCGUGAUGCCAGACUUAAGUGCCAUCAAGACUGAAGGCACAAGCCCAGAUGACCCAGGCACCCAAAAUGUGGCCAUGGGCAUCAAGUUCAUCCUGCCCAACCGCUUUGACAUGAACGUCUGCUCAAGAUUUGUCAAGUCGCUUAACGAAGAAGACAGCAAGAACAUCCAGGACCAGGUGAACUCCGAUCUGGAGGUGGCUUCUGUUUUAUUCAAAGCUGAGUGCAAUAUCCAGACCUCACCCUCGCCAGGGAUACAAGUGCGCCAUGUUUACACACCAUCCACCACCAAACACUUCUCCCCCAUCAAACAGUCCACCACCCUCACCAACAAACACCGCGGCAAUGAGGUUUCUUCCACACCUCUCCUGGUUCAUUCUUUGUCCAUUCAUCAGCUGGCAGCCCAAGGAGAAAUGGUGUUUCUGGCCAGCAGGAUUGAACAAGAGACUGUCAUCAAUCACCAAGAUGAGGAGGGCUUCACUCCCCUGAUGUGGGCAGCUGCACAUGGACAAAUCGCUGUUGUUGAGUUUCUGCUCCAAAAUGCCGCUGACCCCAACGUCCUGGCCAAAGGGAGGGAGAGUGCAUUGUCUUUGGCUUGCAGUAAGGGAUACACUGAUAUCGUGAAGAUGCUCAUCGACUGUGGUGUUGAUGUCAACGAAUAUGACUGGAAUGGAGGAGCCCCUCUGCUGUACGCUGUCCAUGGCAACCAUGUGCGCUGUGUUGAAAUCCUGUUAGAGAGUGGUGCAGAUCCUACCAUAGAGUCGGAUUCUGGGUUCAAUGCGAUGGACAUGGCUGUGGCUAUGGGCCACCGGAAUGUUCAACAGGUGAUGGAGGCACACUUACUGAAGUUACUGAUGGGAAUCAGAGAGUGAACUGGGACACUCGAGGGACAUCACUGGUCUCUGGACAGUCAUGUAGCACGCCCACGUCAUCAGCCAACAGGAAUAUUUUGUUCCAUCAACAGCAUUUGCAUCACGUCAGCGUAAUUUUUAUCGUGUAUGAUGCUCAUGAAGGUUUGUGCUGUAUGAAUUAUCAAUUUGAACCUUUCAAACUCAACACUUCACAUUGAAUAUGGAGUUGCAAAUCUUAGCAGGAUUCAUGGAGGGAUUUCCAAAAACUAAAUGCAUAGUUCACUUCUUGUCUACAGCCCAGCAUGCACAGCACUCCACCAGUAGUGUGCUGCCAAAAUAAGCAGUGGAGAGCAGGUUUAUUUGUUCUUCAGCUAAGCAUGGUGGCUCUGUUUUGACUUCCUUUAUAAUGUGGGAUAUUUUUAUUAACUUAUUAACUAAAUAAUGAAGAAUUUUCAAUUGUGACAGAGUUUUAUUGUUGGUUUGGUUCAUGUUGAAACUCACUGGUUUUCAUAGUGAGCGUAUUUCCCGAGGAUGAGAUUGAAAAUCUGUUCCUACAGACUGAAAUGCACGUGGCACAGACGCUGAGCUUUCUGUUGAUUCUGAACAUCCUCGUGUCGUUUGUACUUGGUUUAUUUAUUUGAAAAGUUAAAACAAUGUGUUGUAAUGUGAUAAAAUUCUCGUAUUGUUGUAACUCCCAUUUGUUUCAUUGUAUAGUAAUACUAAUGUCCAGGCAUGUUGUCUAUUUUAUAACCUUGUUUUAAAUGUCCCACGUGGUUAUUGUGGUGCUGUUUGCUGCUGUAUGUUGAAGUUAUUUAAUUAAAAGAUCUUUAUAAAACA